UCCCACCACUGGCAGAACUACAAAGACUCCCCAUCACUACCGCUACAUUCGUCUUUCCCUCCAGUGCUUCGAAAUCAACAAUCCUUGCAUCAGCCGGCCAAGAGCCGGACACGCAGAAGAAGACUCUCCAAGGAAGCAUCACCUUCGUUAAGGUAGAGCCCAGUGCCAAACCGACACUCCCCGUCCGCCGCUCAUCACGAUUCCGAUCCAUCAAGGACUUCAUAGCCGCCAUGCCUUCCUUCGUCCGGAGCUCCAGGUCCUACUCGUACCCUCCCUGCAUCGACGCUGUCGAGUUCGAGAGGUCCCAAGCCGCCGACCUCCCAGACAUCGACGAGAACCCAUUCGCCCACUUCCUGACCCCCGUCCAGGAGGAAGACGACCCCUUUGAUGCCCUCGCCCUCAACGCGGGCAUCAUCGUCCCGGACGGACCUCGCACUUCCAAGUCCUCCAAGUUCAGGUCCAGCGUCGCGGACAAGUGGGCCCGCUACGUCAGGCAGAGCCAACCCCAACUGCACGACCGCUACCACGAAGCCAUUGAAGAGGAGGACGAGGAAGAGUCGUUCAUGCACCUCGACGACCACCGUCUGCUCGACACCCCCCAGACGGUGUCCCAGCUUACCGGACCCCCUUCACCGAGAUCCCUUCUCGCGGAGCCCACACGAGGACGCGCCCAGGAGCUCGUCGCCCGCAAAGGGCGCAGCCGUCGACGCUACUCACGCACUCUCUCUGGUCAUCGCCAUUCAUGGAGGGAACCUAGUCCCGACCUCUUCACAGUGGACGAGUCGGAGGAAGACGACAUGCCGGUGUCCCGACGGAGCAAGAGCAGAGUGAAGAAGACCAAGGACGGCAUGGAGCAGCGCCGGAGGUCGCGGUCGAGGGUUGAGAUUGUCGAGAGGUCGAGGUUGUGAACACGCAUGAGCAUCAUCAGAUCACGUACACGCAUACACACACACACCAUCACCAUACAUUAGAAAGGUUGGAGGUU